CUUCAAUUCAAUGUCGCGGCAUGUGUUUUUAGAAUCACGAAAUUGAAACAUUUUUACAAUUUUUAUUAGGAAUGCAUAAGAUGUUUUUAUCCCGUUCAUAUUAUCGGCAUAUCGGUACCUAGAUAACAAAAUUUAAAUAAAUGAAACAGAUCUCUAUUUUAAUUUAUGUGGUGCUGCUGUUUGAAAAGUCUGUAAUAGCCAAUCAAAAUGAUAAGAUUGAGUUAAAUUUUCAAGAAGUGGUAAAAGAGAAUAGUAAAUAUCCUCCAAUGGUAGACAAAUGUCCUCUUAGAAUAGUAGGUGGACAAAAAGCAAAUAUAAAUGAAGUACCCUAUCAGAUUGUCAUACAAGCAUAUGUACUCCCAAGUGAUUAUUGGAAAUUAGUUGGUGGUGGAGCAAUCGUUACGCAGCAACAUGUUGUAUCAGCUGCCCAUUGUUUUCCUAAGAGUUCGUGGAAUAAAGAAACCUAUAGAAUCUUAGCAGGCACCGGCAAAAUGGGAAAAAUGUUAAAUGAACAAAAAUUUUCUACGAUUGGAAGAAGAAUUUUGUACUGCUUUAGACAUAAAUAUUACGAUUCGGAAGAAUUGACACAUGAUUUUGCUGUGUUAAUGGUAAUUUGUGAUAUUUUAUUUUAUUUUAAGUUGGACUACCCUUUAAUCUUCUCGGAAAACAUUCAACCUAUUCCAAUGAUACGUCCCGGCCACGGAAUCCAACUCCAAGUAGAUGGUUUGUGCUUGGUUUCGGGAUUUGGAGCUGUUACAACUUACAAACUAUCGGCUGAUCUCCGAAUAGUGUGUGUUCCGAUAGUGAGCACAAUGGAUUGCAAAAGGUACUUCGGUAAUCACAUACAAAGCCAUCACUUAUGUGCAGGAAAGGAUGGAAAGGACAGUUGUUGGCGCAUAUUCGAGACUGCUACCUACUACUUAGAAAUUCAAUGUAUGGGAGGUGUCUGUUCCACCACGUGCUGCGACUUACAACUGAAUGAAUCACACUGAUUACUCAAAGCUACCUGUAUAUGGAUGAUAAAUUAUAAUAUAUGAAGCUUAAUUCAAAACAACGCAAGUACUAAGCCAGAUAGUGAAUUUAACAAGACUUUUAAAUCUUAAGAAACGGCAUGUAAAUACAUUAACGCCUCACUUCUAAAAGGAAAUGAAAGAAGCCAAAGAUUUUAAAAAUACGUAUCAGCGAAAUCGUGCCCAUAUCAAAAAUAACAUCCGAAUUAGAUCGAUAAUUGCGAAACGUGAGUGACCAGCGAGUUUCUCAAUAUCCGCCACCCACUGGCAUUUUGUUCUUUAGAUUGGGACAAAUACGGCCUACAAUUUAAUUUAAUUGCUUGUUUAAUUCAAGAAAUUGAACAAAAUUCAAUAUAUAUUGCAAUUCCUGUCGGUACAUACUAUCGACGAUGGUCGGCGAAUC